GUGGAAGACAAGUUGAGUUUUUAUCGUAGCGAAGUUGAUGGAAGAAUAAGCAGCAUGCCUACAUAAAGUGGAGCCGGAGGGGAUAAAAAAAAGGACUGUUGCAAAAAGAUGGCACAGGUAGAACCGCUGUAUGACUUCCCGGAGCCCACCCAGCCAUCAGACCGCAAGGGGCACCAAAGAGGACGGGGCUCUCUGAGGAGCAUCAGCGUACUGGACCGUCUCCUGCUCACAGUUCCUGUGUGGCUUCAGCUGUCCAUCAACCCUGCCACUGCUCUGCACAUACUGCAGAGGGAGCCUCCUGGGACCUUCCUGGUGCGCAAGUCUCGCACAUCCCAGAGAAAUGUGCUGUGUGUGCGCUUGACAGAUGACAGCGUGCCAUCCUUCGUUCAACAGUUUGGCAUCAGGGAGGAAUCCUCCACCAAGACUCUGUCUCUGGAGACUUCAGCCAUCAGCUUCCCAGAUCUCCCAAGACUAAUUUCCUUCUACUGUGUCAGCAGAGAUGUAUUACGCUUUCCUCUGGAGCUGCCUGAAGCCAUUGCAAGGGCAACAUCCCACAAAGAGCUCGAGUCCAUCUCACAUAUGGGAAUAGAAUUCUGGAACUCCCACCUAAAUGUCCGUGGGCCGCGGGAGGCCCCUACUCCUCAGAAGGACAAGGAGAAGAAGCCAGACCCUGUAACCUCAGCCCCACCCAAUCCCACACUGUUCCAUGAGUUUUGUCCCAUCAUGACACGCAGCCCCAGAGAGCUGGACUGUGGCUCUGGCCAAGGUGCCCUCUGUUUCAUCAACCCCCUUUUCCUGCAGAACACUUUGUCCAGACAGGGCAAUUUAAAACGCAGCCUCAAGGUUCGGAUUUCCACAGAGUCUUCAAGCUUUCUUUCGCCCCCGCUCGCUCCUCCGCCUCCACCACCUCUGGUGCCUAAAACCAAAAGAAAGUGUAAAGCCCAGAAACAAGAACAAGCGCCCGCCCUUCCCAGUAAAGGUCUUUCACGGGGUGAGAAGCAAAGUCAGGACACUGGCGGUGAGGCCCAAGUCCAGCCUCCGACAUCAACUCCUCACUUCCUGCCUGAGAUGCAGCAGCCGGGCCAAACACAGAUGGAGCCAGGCCAAAGUGAAGCUGGAGUCAGAGGGGAGGAUGCUACAGAAAAUCUUCCAGAAGACUCAGACUACAUGCAGCCCCCUCCAAUGAUCAAUUUCUCCAAUUUUCAUUCACUCUCUCCUUACCUCUCGCCAUCUGUUUCUCCCAUGGCGCCUCCCCUCUUCCCCAAAGCAUCUCCAUGCCUCUCCCCUUAUGACUCUCCUGGUGCUUCUCCCUCCCUCUCCCCUUAUCAGUCCCCAUCUCUUUCUCCCAAGGCCCUCUUUUCCCUUUCUCCAUAUGACUCACCCAGCGGCUCACCCUCUCUUUCACCUUACCAGUCGCCAUCUCCUUCUCCUAAGAUCCCCUUCCCUCUGUCUCCCUUCACCUCUUCAUCCUUCCCUCAGCUGGCGGAGCAGGCCUAUCAGACACCUGCUACUCCUUCAAGACCAGAUCAGCAAAGAUCAGAGAGGGAGGCUGAGGAGGAGGGAGCAGGUGCGGAUGAAAAUAAGGAGGAAGAUGAUGAGACGAAAGAGAAAGUGCAUGUGAAGAGGGAAGAGGAGGGUCUGGUUUUACAGAUGAAUGCUGCGUCUCUAAAUGACACAGACAGCUGCAGUUCCUUUGAGAGUCUGGAGGGGGCAGCAGAGAGCCCGCCUCACUCACCCCUCACUCACAAUGGUACGAGCCUCUAGAGAACAAACAUUUUAGACUGGAACUGAAUUACAUUAUCAUGAGGCUCUGUAAAGUUAUUAAGUAAAGAUAUGGGUUGUUGUUUUUUUUUUUUUUUUAAGAAUAGAACAAUUAAAUACAUUUGAUAAAACCACAAACUUUAAUGCCAAUACUAUUUGUGUAUUUUGUAUAUUUUAACUGCAAUAUUGUAGAAAAAUGUUUAUUAUGCUCUAUAUACAGUGCUUUUCCAAAGCAUAAAUGUUUUUGAUUGAUUUACUUCCUGUGAUAUCAGUAUUUUCUGAAAAUUAAA